CUUUAAACUACCCUCCACAAUUCAACACUGUCAAAAAUGCGAUUGGGCGCUUGUUUAAGUAAAUGUUUAAAUAUUGUACAUGGAAAUUAACUGAAUAAUGCGCGAAUUCGUAUUUUGAUGUUCCUUUAAUGGUUUUACAUUCUAUUUUUAAGGAAUAUUUGACGACAUAAUAGAGCUUUGCUUCUCAAUGAAAAAUGACCAUCUAAAGAGGUCUAGAAAUUAAUUGAAUUUGUGAUAAAAGUUAACAGUGGAUGUGAAAUUACUUUCAGAUCAAUGGAUUAUUAUUCAUUUGAGUGUAUUCGGAUGUAUUUACAAAGCAACUUUGGAGCAAAUUGAAAGCCUUUUUCGAAUAUCGACUUUCUUUAAAAAGAAUACCGACUGUACAUUGGAAGAGUAAUGGAGCUUAUGCAAAUAUUCAUUUUGUGAUACUUGUUACGAAAUUUAAUGGGAUUUUAAUUACUUUUUGACUAUGGAAAAGCAUACCAAGUAAAUAAGACCACACAACUUAAGGACACAUAGUUAAUAAGUGAAGAUUUACAGUAACAUAUAACUUAUGUCCAAGUUAAGUGUUUUUAUAAUUAAUGUUAACUUAAUUGUAUUCAUUUUACGAACACACCAGUCAUAGUAUAUGCAAUUUUUAUUUCAAUUUGAUGUCGAGAGAUAAAAAAGUAUUACUGUUUGAAAAGAAGACAUAGGAAUGGCAGAAGUGGAAAGAAGAGACGGUCAAAACAAGCUGAGCAAAACCAUUCGAAACCGAAAUUUGAAAUUCAGCGUAGAGAUCCAUAACGACGGAGAUGAACAUGAACAGUACGAUGAAGACUUUGAAACAGAAGAAGAGAACAAUCUUGAAACAGCAGUGUCUAGAGCUGAUGACGAAAGAAGCGGUAAAGAGGAUGCAGAAAAUCCGCCAGAAGAAGAGAGGAUUGAAGUGACAAAUACUGAAGUUCAUAAAAAUAAUCACGAGAUUAGUGAAACAAGGCAUGAAACCGAAUCAUAUGAAGUUGAUACAGAACAGGAAAUUAUUGAUAAGGGACAUGAGGUUUCAAACGAGAAACGUGAUAUAAACGAUAAUCUUCAUGAAACGCAUAUGGCAGAAAGUGAUGUGAACAAUCAUCAAGAUAUUUCACCGUUCUCUUCACAAAAUAUAGAACACAUUUCGUCCACGACGAAGAAAACGAACAGGGAGCAAAACAAACAAAAGACAGAACAAAAUCAUAAGGAUAGAUUAAACAACGAAACAAAAGAUGCAGAUUAUAAGCCGACAAAACCCAAACCAAAGAAAAUACCAGAAAAGGAGCAUAAAACGCCAAGAGAAACUCGAGAUAAGUUACCGGCCAUUAACUCAAAACCCGAACAUGUAAAAGGCCCGAAACGAAAAUUCGACGCGUCGCCAAGGGACCAAUCCGGGGACCGGUACGAAACUACUAGAGACGUCAAGUUACCACACUUGGACCAAUCACCUAGAAGGUCGCCCAAUAACCCACCUAAACUCCACCCUAGCAACAUCGUUUCAGUGAAAGUACGCACGAACGAAUCCGGGGAAAUCCCCAUUCAGGCACGAAUUCGAGGGCCGGGACCAGCACACUACCAGUUGCCGACGACCGUCGGGAGGAACCAGGCGGACCUUACGAAGAAGUUCGCGCCGGCGUUCUCGUUUGGAUCCCGCUCUUGGUCAUUCAAGUCGGACAGCCCUGGUCCUGCCUACAAUCCAAUGUUCAGUUCAUCCCAGAAGGGUACACCGUCGUUCUCCUUUGGAUACAGACCCAAGACCCCGGUUAAGAAAGACAUCGUACCGGGACCGGGAGCGUAUGACACCGCCAAUAUGGCGCCCACAUGGGAGCGCAAGGCGCCCGCCUUCUCCAUGGCGUAUCGGAACAAGCUGCGCUCCGUGGACCAGGCGCCGCCGCCCAACACGUACCUGCUGCCGUCUACCCUCGGGAACCGCGUCCCCCACCAGCCGGGAGGUAUCGCAGUCUCCAUGUAUGAGCGGCGGGAGAAGCUCGGGUACGCAGAGGAUCUUGCGAAGACCCCUGGGCCUGCGGGAUACACGCUUCAUUCUGACAAUUCAACAAAAAAGAGAAGCCCGCAGUUUUCGAUGCUAGGAAGAAACUUUGUACCGACGAAGUACAAUCCCGCCCCUGGACCCGGGACGUAUAAUCCGCAGAACGUAACCAGUCACCUGGAACGCAGUCCAAAGCACGUGAUUGGCGUUAGACACUCGGAGUUUGUUAUGCCUACCAUAACACCGGCGGAUGUAGACUAACGAAUGACUUGGCUAGGAAUUUUUAUUGUUUUAAGUUUUUCAUGAACUUUCAACGUCCUCCGAUGGCAACGUGUCGUGCGUGCCCCAAGCUGGGUGCGUAGAAGUUGUUGCUGAAAACAACCUUCGAUAAAUGUUAUGUAACUACGCCAUAUUUUUAGAAAAUGCACAUCAACAGUAUGAACAUUUUGUUUUGUGCUUCUUCUAUCUCUAGUUGCUAGGUGACAAUGAAUUCCUAUAAGUGGCUAAUUGGCUUUUUUAAAGAACCUGUCUGGUGAUAUAAUAUUAUACCAUUCAGCUUUUGUGGUAUAGUUCGUCCACGUUGAUGGUAUGUUUAUACAUCUAUAUUUGCUCAAUAUGGUGCACUUGUCAUAGACUGAGAGAUGAACAUUCGACUGAGAGAUGAACAUUCGGGUACAUAUUGCUUAAGUAUCUUUUACAUGGUAACAUCAGAAUUAUUGUUAUCCUUUAAAGAGAUAUGCUCGUUCUUGUCAACAAUAUAAAUGAAAUUAGUGAUUUUAUAAUCAUGUUUAUAUACGCAUAUCAACUCUUUUUAUUAUAUAUCAUGCUACAUACGUCGACUUCGUUGAAUUAUGUAAUAAUGUUGAAUACUUUUUUUCUACAGAUUCAAGAAAAUAUAUAUAGUAGUUACAAGUUUAUUGAUUUUUUGACGCUGUUUUUAACUUACAAAAUAACUGUUUCAAGGUAAUUGUACGUUUAUAUGCCAUUAUUAACAAAACGUUGGCAUGUUUUAGUCGUGUUUUGUGAUAUUUUUAUUAAACGCAUGCAUUCAAUGUUAUACUUAGGUGUGUAGAAUAUUCCUUUAUUUAACUAAUUCUGUGAUAUCUCUUUUAAUAUAAUAGACAUUAUCAUGUCUUGAGUUUGUAUAAUGUGUGAUGUUGUCCUGAAUACCAUUUACGCAUGGGUCAUUCUCUGUGAAAAAGGGUUUUAAUGCAUGUGCGUAAAGUGUCAUCCCAGAUAAGCCUGUGCAGUCCGCAUAGGCUAAUCAGGGACGACACUUUCCGCCUUAACUUGAGUUUCGGUAAGAAGAGACUUUCUUGAAACGAGAAAUAUCACGAAAGCGGAAAGUGUCGUCUCUGAUUAGCCUGUGUGGACUGCACAGGCUAAUCUGGGAUGACACUUUACGCACAUGCAUUAAACCCUUUUUUCACAGAGCACGGCCCAAUUUUAUUAAAUUAAUACUUACGUUGACAUUUAUAUAUGUUUGCACAAUUCCUUUGUUCAUCUUUUGUCAGUAUUAAAAGUAUUCUCCAGUCUUUUUUAUUUGCGAGUGCCUAUGUUCAUUUUUAAUUAAUUGUAUUAGAAUAGUGUAACAUUUAAUUAGCCUGUAAUUAUGUUUGAUGUAAUGAAGGGAUAUACAGUAUUUAAUUGAAAAUGUAUUUAUAUAUACAGUAUUUAAUUGAGGAUGUAUUUAUUUCAAUGCUCGGUAUUUGAGGGUCAUUUAGAAUAAUCACAAACCAAUAAAAAUACGGAAAGAAAGAACUAAAUGUUAUUGAAAUAAUAACUCUGAACAAAACAAAUGAACCUGUUUAAAAUACUGUAAUCAAUAAUACACUGAUCUUUAUGCGUUUAUAUGAGUAAACGAAACAUAAACGUUACGUCGCAAUGUGUCUACAACACUGUAUCUGUAUAAUUAUGAGUACAAGGAUGUUUGUUUGAAAACAAAGCCGAUAACAAUCUUCUGUUUAAAGUCGCAUCGAAUCAAAUCUCAUACGUCAAUUUCAUUUGUUCACUAAAUAUAUAUAUAAAUACAUUCUUAUUUAAUUUUGUAAUGAAAAUCAGUUAAAAGCACUGAUAUAUCUAUUAAAACGUGUAUUGUUCAAUUUUCUUACAUGGCAACAUAAAUGGUCUCUGAUGUUUAUAGUAACUACAAGAUUCUCAUCAUAAUCAUUGGAUUUCGCGAAAGGAGUAAUUCACUAUAUUCAUCUUGCGUAUUCACUAUGUUCGAAAGUUUAUAUGAAUGUUGAGAAUACUUUAUAUAUAUUUAAAGGAAUAUGUUCGGAAUACUUUAGAAAAAUUGAACACAAUUCAGUUAAUUCAGUGUUUAUAUGUUGUAAACAUUUGUUGUGUUUUUGUUUUUAUAUAAAUAUAUAACAUAACUGUUCGAUAUUAAAGCCAUAUUUUACUUCUAAAAA